AUGGCCUCGAAGACAGUGAAGUUGAAUAACGGCCGGGACUUCCCGUUAGUAGGUUUGGGCACUUGGAAGGCACCCGAAGGCGCCGUUUACGAGGCGGUCAAAGCGGCCAUCGAUGCCGGCUAUCGUUUGGGCACUUGGAAGGCACCCGAAGGCGCCGUUUACGAGGCGGUCAAAGCGGCCAUCGAUGCCGGCUAUCGUCACAUCGACUGCGCCUUCGCGUACGGCAACGAAGCGGAGGUCGGAAGAGCUUUGAAGGAGUCCAUCGGUUCCGGAAAAGUGAAGAGAGAGGAGCUGUUCAUUACCAGCAAAUUGUGGAACACUUACCACAAGAGAGAACGAGUGGGACUCUGUCUGGAUAUCACUCUCAAAGACUUAGGUCUCGAUUAUCUGGACUUAUAUCUAAUCCAUUGGCCGCUCGGCUAUCAGGAGGGAGAGGAGAAGUUCCCGAAGAACGCCGCCGGAGAGGUUCUGGUCAGUGAUGUUGACUUCGUUGAGACAUAUCUGGGUUUA